AUGUUCAAGCGUUCUUUCAGGUCAAAUGAUCGCGUGGAGAAGGCGGCGAAGUUGAAGAAGUCUGUAAGGGAUCCCGCGAAGCUUGCGAAAAUAAAGCGGUCCUUCGAACAGAGCUUAUCCCCCGGGAGUUCUCUGACCUCGCCGAUUGUAACCUUUACAGUUGGCAGAGAAGGACGGCUCUUUGCUGCCCACGAAGAUGUUCUUUCCUUGUCGCCGUUUUUCACAGCGGCUUGUCGAGGACAAUUCCUCGAGGCAGGAAGCAAGAGGAUCGAUCUCCCAGAUGAAGAACCGGAAAUCUUCUCUUGUGUUCUCGAAUACCUAUACAAGGGCGACUACUACCCCCGCUUGGUGCACAACAAGCGCAGAAGCUCUUGGGAACUUGAGGAUGCUGAGAAGUCACCAAACCCCGAAAAUACAGGUGGUCGCGGAUCCGUCGAGGCGACAACAUAUAUCUCUAGCGUGGGCGAACAUCUUCUCAAAGAUACUGUCAUAUACUGCGCGGCGGAGAAGUACGGCCUAGAGGAGCUCAAGCGCCUUGCGCUUCGGAAGCAAGGUCUGCAGAGUGGGAUCGAGGUCGCUACCAUCCUCCGCAGUGCGCAGUAUGCCUAUGACAACACGCCGGACUCAGACUCGAGGCUCCGCGCUCAUUAUCUUGCCCUGAUCAUUCGAUGUCGUAAGACAUUUAAGAGGAGCGGAACCAUGCAGACAGAAAUGGAGAGUGGUGGUAAACUUUUCUUUGACCUAUUCGUGGCUCUGUGCAAUCAUGUGGAUGAUAUUGUGGACAUGGGAAAUUCCCGUUCUCCCAAGACCAUCUAA